AUGAGGUUGUUCAAUUGGGCCCUCGUCGCCCUCACCUCCCUUGCCUCUGCCGACUCGAACCUUACGCACGAAUCGCGCAACAUCCUCCCAUCCACCUUCAAGCCAGCGCAGCACUUCCGCAAUGUCAAUCUCGUGCGGAAUAUCAACCUGGAGAAGAGCUUCCCGCGAGAGACGAUCAAUGUGGUGAUCGAGAACAUCGACAAUGCACCGCAACAAGAGUACUUCCUGCCAUUCGAGCAGGGCAGUAUUGGCCGUGUGGGAGGACUGGAGGUGAAGGACAAGAAAGAGCCGGAGCGAACAGGCUUCGUGGUUGAUGUGGUUGAGGUCGACCCGUACAGCACGACCGAGUACUACAAGAUCACUCUCCCUACACCUCUCCCAUCGAAGCAGCAAUUGACGCUAUCCAUCACUUACUACGCCCUCUCCGCCCUCACACCACUACCCGCCCAGAUCGGCCAGACCGACAAACAAUAUGUCCUGCACACCUUCUCCGCCUAUGCACCCAGCGCCUACACCACAUCCAAGCAGAAGACGAAGCUUAAGCUCCCGACCGUCGAUGUACCCGAUGCCACCACCCUACCCCCAGAGCUGAAUGCGGAAGGCAAGGAGGAUCCGCAAAAACAAGGCACCUCCUUCACCUACGGACCAUACAAUGAGCUUCCGGCUGGUGCCGUGCAAGAAGUCAGCGUCCGCUAUGACUUUACCAAGCCGCUCGUGCAUGGCAAGCUGCUCGAACGUGAUGUCGAGGUGUCGCACUGGGGCAAUAACGUGGCUUUCGAGGAGAGACACUGGCUGACCAACCGCGCGGCAACGCUCAAGAACCACUUCAGCCGGGUCACCUAUGCUCAGUCAGCAUACUACAACCCACCCAGUUCGGCGCUCAAGGAGCUGCGCUUCCCACUCGCGGUCGGCAGUGCGGAUCCAUACUUCGUGGACGACAUCGGUAAUGUCUCGACCUCGCGCUUCAGGUCGAACAUGCGUGAGGCGAACUUGGAGCUGAAGCCGAGGUACCCAAUAUUCGGUGGUUGGAACUACAGCUUCAAGGUGGGCUGGAACAGCGAUCUGAAGGAAUUUUUGAGACGAGUCAAGGGCGCCAGCAAUACGUAUGUGCUCAAGGUGCCUUUCUUCGAGGGCCCCAAGCAAGCCGAGGGAGUCGAGUAUGAACGUGUCGUCACCAGGAUCAUCUUACCAGAGGGUGCCAAAAACAUCAAGUUCUCCACAACCAUCACCUUAACAUCAAACACCACCUCCCUCCACCGCACCUUCAUGGACACCAUGGGCCGCACCUCUCUCGAACUCACUGCGCUGAAUGUCGUCGACGAAUUCCGGGAACGCGAUCUGGUGGUGACUUACGAGUACCCUUUCUCCGCACGCUUCAGGAAGCCCUUGGUCAUCUUCGGCGGACUCAUGGCAGUCUUCGCCGUCAGCUGGGUGUUGGGCAAUCUGGAUGUAAGCAUAGGGCGAAAGCAGAAGAGUGUUUAG